AGCCAAACUGUCCACAAAUUUCCCGGGAAAAAAUUAAACACAAAAGAUUCGCGGCUCUCAUUCAUCAAAAAUUGAGAGAAGAAAAUCAGAAUUUCCUCUUGGAGAAAAAAAAAAAUUAAAGAUUCUGUCAGAUUCAUGGGUGUUAGUUAUCGUUGAGGGGCCCAGAACCUCUUCUUUCCGUUCACGUCUUCCACGACCAAAAAGAAAGGAUUUCGUGGUCGUGUUAACUCGAAUUGGCAUCGAGUGUAGAAGAGCUUCAAAAAACAGAGGGAAACUAUGAGCAAUCUGAGAACCCUAUGUAGACCUCAGACGGUAUUCUCUUUCAUUAGUUGCAGACACCAAUUUCGUUCUAGGGUUUCGUUUCGGAACCCUAAUUGCAAGUCGCGUUUGCCAUCGCCGUCUCUGUAUUCUACAAUCGGUUAUUGGGGCUCCAGUCCCUGGUUUCGCGCAAAUCAGAGGAGAACUGUGGCCAAGGCGUCAAAUUGGGCUGAACAGAAAUCCCCAUAUGAAACUCUUGAAUUGGAAGGAGAUGCUGAUGAGGAGCAGAUAAAGAAUGCUUACAGACGCUUAGCCAAAUUUUAUCACCCGGAUGUCUAUGAUGGUAGAGGAACCCUUGAGGAAGGUGAAACAGCAGAAGCUAGGUUCAUCAAGAUUCAAGCUGCUUAUGAAUUGCUUAUAGAUGGGGAGAGCCGAAGAAAGUAUGAUAUGGAUAACCGGGUCAACCCUAUGAAGGCAUCUCAGGCAUGGAUGGAGUGGCUUAUUAAAAAGCGAAAAGCUUUCGAUCAGCGGGGUGACAUGGCAAUUGCUGCUUGGGCUGAGCAGCAACAGCGCGAGUUAAACCUUCGUGUGCGUCAACUUUCUCGUUCGAAGAUUGAUCCAGAUGAAACAAGGAGGAUCCUGGCAAGAGAAAAGAAGGCUUCGGCUGAAUAUUACUCCAAUACCCUUAAAAGGCACACACUUGUACUUAAGAAAAGAGAUUUGAUGCGAAGAAAGUCCGAGGAAGAAAAGAAGAAGGUAAUCAGCCAGCUAUUGGCAGCAGAAGGUCUCGAGCUUGAUAAUGAUUCAGAUAGUGAUGACGCACUGUAGUCAACAUGGGGCUCUGUUUCCACAUCCUAAUACUAAUAUUUGGUCAAAUACCAUAGUGUCUCAGCGAAUCUAAUUAUUUUUUAAUCAUUAUUAUACAAAAAAUAGAUGUACAUAUAUUUUGUUAUUUAUUUCCUGUCUCGAAUGAGAAGUUAGUGUUUCAGUUAUAGCUCUCUAUAAUAAAGAGAUGAAAAAUUUGGAGA